UUAUCCAUCAUGGAUAAAUCAAACAAAAGCUGCUGAAGGUCGUAAACAAAUGGAAUCAGAGGGUGUAAUAUAUGGUGGAUCCGAAUCAUAUCGACACAUGUGUAGAUUCAAUUCAGGGUUUUUCUAUCAACAUGAACUUUUAUUACCUUUCGAUUAUUAUUGGAGAUUAGAACCUUCUGUUAGAUUUAUGUGUGAUGUUGAUUAUGAUCCAUUUUUAUUUAUGCAAAAGAAUAAAUUGAUUUACGGAUUUACUAUUAGUUUGAUAGAAUAUCAAACUACUAUAGCCACUCUUUGGGAUUCCGUAAAACAAUUUAUAAAAGAGUACCCACAACAUAUUCCCGAGGAUAAUCUAAUGAAGUUUAUUAGUAAUGAUAAUGGAGAAACUUACAAUCUGUAA